UAAGAUGUCUGCAUCAGUCAAACCAGAGGAGACAUCAGUGGAAGCUGUAAUGGAUCCUAGAUUUGGUCUUGGUCCAUCAACGCUACAGGAUCAUCGGUCCAGCAACAGAUCAAGCUUUAGCACAUAUGCACCAUGUCCACCAGUAGGGAAGGUAGCAGACAGACAUAUGUCAUUCAACAGUGUGGCUCCAUUGCCUUCAACAUACACCUCAGUGGAUAAGCCACCUACAGCAAGAAGACAGACAGGCUAUGAGCAGAGUCAGUCACCCAGUGGACCAAAAUGCACACCUGAAAUGCUCACAAGAAGCAACACAAAGGCUGGACUGUCACACUUUGUUGGAUCCAAGAGAAUGAUCCCAAGACCACCUAGCACCCGCAGGUUAGAGAGUGUGCACAGCUCUAGUUCAAGCUCCUCUGAGGGCAUAGAUAUCUCUCCUAGACCAGCAUGGGACAUGUUGAAAGCUGGUUUAAAACCACAUGCUGAAGUAUCUUCCUCUUCCUCUUUUGAAAACAGAAACACAAGUCUUCCUUUCAAGCCAUCCUCAUCAAGUUAUUCAACUUACCCCACUUCAACAUCGUCACAGCGCCGACCUCAUCAGUAGGACUUUGGGGACAGGUAGGCAUUGUGGCUUGAUCCGUAAGGCAUUGUUUUGGACUUAAUUUAUGUUCUUGAUAACUGGAGCACCUGAUUAUAUAGCUGCAUCGGUAUCCCUGAUAUUCUCGGACUCUUGUCCAUAAACCUCAGCACAGUCUCCAUCAUCUCCACCAGAAUUUCCAGUGACAGGCCCGCAUGGUUGCGUUGGUUGUGGUUCUUGGUGAGUCAAACCUCAGGUUUCUGGACAUGACAUUCUACUUGAUACAGUGUUCUCUGUCUUGAUGGGUUGCAGUAGGUUCUGUCUGCAUGGGAUGCAGAAGUUUCUGUCUGCAUGGGAUGCACUUUUAUCAACUGAUUCAUUCCACUUGAAACAACCCCCUAUUGUGUCAACUGAUUUUUAGGAAUUGAAACCCUAAUUGUGUCAACUUGUAUUCCUGGGUGUUUAGACCCUUUAUUGUGGCAACUUGAAGGCUUUUACCUCGACUUACAAAAGUGGUGGUCCACGGAUCCCCCAUCAAUAUAUUUUACGGGUCCUUGCAGAUAAUGUGAGGUCUGCAUAGGAUGCAGUUGUUUGUUCUGUGGGAUGCAGUAGUUGUGUGUCUGCAUUGGAUGCUAUAUUUUCUGUCGGCAUGGGAUGCAGAAGUUUGUAUGUAUGGAAUGCAAUAUUUUCAUUCUACAUGGGAUGCAGUAGUUGUGUGCCUGCAUGGGAUGCAGUAGUUGUGUGUCUGCAUGGGAUGCAGUAGUUUCUAUCUGCAUGGGAUGCAGUAGUUGUGUGUCUGCAUGGGAUGAAGUAGUUGUGUGCCUGCAUGGGAUGCAGUAGUUUCUAUCUGCAUGGGAUGCAGUAGUUGUGUGUCUGCAUGGGAUGAAGUAGUUGCGUGUCUGCAUGGGA